AGAAGAAGAAGAAGCCGUUCGGAACGGCAGCGAGGAACAUGAUGUCUGGUGGAAACACCGUAUCGGCCACUGGCCGAGUUAACCCCGUAUCAUCCGACAACAGUACAAGCGACUACAAGGUAAUCCUUCCCCGCUUUCCAACCGGAAACCUCAUUCUAAACUCCGUAUUCCUUCAUGCCGACAUAAGCGCAAGGCGUUACUCAGCGCCAGACUUUCGUGAUGCCCUCAAAGACGUAAUAGAUCUCCGAGACGUAAAGGCAACCGGACAAUACCAGAUGAGCCACAUUUGGAUGGUCACCUGCACAAACGCGCUCGCGAAAGCGAAGCUGUGCCAGCAGAGAGAACUUCUCGUCAAAGGACGAAAAUGUCUGGUCAUAGACCCAGACACUCGUGACAUCAAGAUAAAAAUCAUUUGGUUACCAGACCACCUUGAAGACCGACGUGUCGCUGAGGCUCUGCAGGCCUACGGAACCGUGCGAAGCAUGAGCCGGGAGAAAAGGAGAUGCCCCGGCAUGGAACAUAUGGACACAUUAAAUAGAGAAGUGAACAUCACACUUCACGACGACAUCACGAUUGAGAAAGUGCCACAUCUCCUGAAGAUUUUUGGGUGCCAGUGCCUCCUACUCGUUCCAGGACGUCCACCUCUAUGCCUCAGGUGUAACAGAGUUGGGCAUGUACGCCGCCAGUGCAAGACCCCCCGCUGCUUUAAAUGUGGAAGGUACGGGCACACGACUGAUACGUGUGUCACAACGUACACAAGUAAGCUCCUUGGACCGAGAACCCAAGAGGCCGAAGAACAAAGUGAGCUGCUUAUGGAUGUCACGGAGGUCCUCGACGCCUUGGGGCACACACCACCGGCAUCAACGAUGGAAAAGUUCGUGGAACAGGAACACCCAAGGACAGCACCCGCCAUCAACGAAUCUAAGGAUGACCCUGGGGGCCUCUCGGAGCCACCACCACCUGCCGAGGACGGCACGUCAUCCUCAUCAUCAGAGUCAACGAUUGUCAGCGAGGCGGUUACAGAGUGCGACGAUGAGCAUGACGAGGCGGAUGCGGAACCCACAAUCAUCACACCGGCCUCUGAGACGUCGAGACCAACGGAUGAACCAGAAGGAACUUCAACGCCCCACCCGACCAAAAGUUCCUCUUCCGAAGAGCUCCCUUCGAAGAGGUCCAAAAAAGACCUCCAGCCGGCAGGAAUGCGGCACAAGCCGUACUCCAAGCUACUGGAGAACCUCAAGGGUACCGAGAACAGCACCUAAAAUGUCCUGAUGUAUCCCGCCCUUCCAUUACAUAUUCUAACGCUAAACGUUAGAGGUUUAGGGUCUAGAAGGAAGCAGUUUCAGCUGUUGCGUCUUUUGGAAAAAGAGAAAGUUGACGUUGCGGCAGUACAGGAGACAAAAUUAUCUACGGAUGAAGGCAUCGCAGACGCAUUAGAACCUUUUCUUAAGGAUUACGAAAUCUGCGUUAGCCAAGCCAAAGGAGUCUCUGCCGGAUGUUUUCUUUUUUUUCGUAAACAGCUCGAGCUAUCAUCAGUUUCCAUUCUUAAUGACCUGGAAGGGCGUCUUAUUUCCUGCGACAUUAGUUUUAGGCAGAUAGAAUGGCGCUUUAUUUGCCUGUGUGCUCCAAAUACGCCUAGAGAAAGAACAUCAUGUUUUGAACUUAUUUCGCCACUUUUCAACACAAACAGAACAAUAGUUGCAAUGGGAGAUUUUAACUGUGUUUGCAGUCCAGACGACCGAUCGGUGUCAGAAACUAGGUACGACGGAAGUGCCGCUGCUCUACGGAGCACGCUUCAAGACCAUAACCUUAUUGAUGUUGCUUAUAAGAAAGGUGAAUCGAUACGCUACACCCUUUUCCAAGGAACGUCUCACGCACGAUUAGACAGAAUAUAUGUUUCUGGUGAUAUAAUCGACUCCAUGAGUAAUUAUCAAGUCAAACCAGUUUUCUUUUUCGAUCACUGCCUGGUAUCAGUCUGCUUUGGGCCGCGCAGACUCCGAGGUGUUCAUCUGCAGUGGGAACACUGAAGC